GUCCCAUUAAAGUAUAUCAAUUACGUAUAAUUGGAGAAAAAGAUCAAAAAUUGCAUGAGCUUUUUUAUACACGUGAUAUUCACAUAGAAUGUAAAGUAGCUAGGCAAAUAUGCUACAAUUAGAUUAAAAAAAAACUUCAAAUGUUAAUCAAUCUGAUUAAAAUCAGCCGUUCUGAUUUUAAUCAGAUUGAAAGUUAAUAAGAAUAUUAGUGCAAUUUUACAUAUCAAGUUUAUUAAAAAUCAUAAAAAUUUUGUAAAAUCCGGCGAUAACCUGUUUAAAUGUACUUUCAUUGCGAACAUUUUAAACCUUUAAUUAUCGAAAUCAGCCAAAGGUUUAACAGAGAUCAAGAUUUUUUUUUACAGAAAUAUACACCAUUUUUUCACCUGUAUAUGUACAUUGAACUAUGAUGAGUUAAAACGAAUAAAAUUCAAAACACACAAUUCACACGCAUUUUUUCAACACCUUGAUCCACGCGCAAGAUUUCAUUAUCUCCAGCAUAACUAUAACGCCAUUGUCUUUGAGUGCUAUGGAUCUUAGAGAACACCCAUGCGAGAUGCAAUGGCUCGCCCCUGAACGCUGGAAUUUUUUAAGUGUGUAAUCGAUCGAUCGAUCGAACGCUCCACCAUUACCCAUCGGAACAAUAUUACUUUGUUUACGCGUUGUGCAGUCAUCUUGCUACAUUUUGUUGCUGGAGAAAUUGGAAUCGGUUGUCAUGUAGUGACCCAUUGACCAGUGAUGUAGUAAAGAUGAGGCUACGCCGCACCGCCAGCUGUGUGCUUGCUGUACUUACAGGGCUGGUGUUUUGUCCCUCGAGGGCAAAUGGCAUCGGUUGUUUCGUGUGUACGUCUCUCAACAGAGGAAACCAAGGCUGUGAGGACACUUUCAAUAACACGGGGGAAUUCUACCGCUCCGAUUGCCAGGCGAGCAGGGACGGGCGGAUAGGCAUGUUUCCAGCCACCCAGUGCAUCAAAAUGGUGGCAGAAGACACCGAUGCUGGUUUCUCUUUGAUCGUACGUGACUGUGUUGUAGACAACGGAGGCACAACAUCAGAAACAGAAAUCGGGAGACAGAGUCAUUGCGGGUGGAUGAAGGUCAUUAAGUACAACGGACGGCGCAUGAGCGGGUGCAUUCUCAGUUGUGGCCAAGAUGGCUGCAACACAGCCAAUCGGACAUUGCAAAGCUUCACGAUUGUUUUAACAAUUGCUUUUAUGAUUACCAAAGCGUUAAUAUAGUGUUAACUUGUUGUCUAUUUUGUAAUACAAAUUUUAUAUUGUACAUAAACUUAAAUUCAGGGAAAACUAUUCUGGCUAUAAAUGUUGGAGCUUUGAA